UAUAGCCUGCCCUUGUGAAGCGUGGCCGUGUAGAUGGCAGUGUAGGCUUAGCCUGGAGCUGAGACAGGAAGCGCGCCUGCUUUACAGAGGAGGGGAUAAAACAUGAACGUGCUAUGGCGUUACGGCUCGCUCGGACUCCUCCGUGCUGCUUUGACGCGCGACUGUGGAAAGGUUGCAGGGUUUAGUCGCAAGAUAACCAUGCAGCGAUACAGCAUAGAGGAAAGGGGGCAGCCCAACACUGCCGAGUAUCGGCUAUAUUUCAAGAAUGCAGAAGGUAAAUUCAUUUCACCAUUUCAUGACAUCCCUCUAUACGCAGAAGCUGAAGAGGACACUGAUGUGCCUGCAAAGAAAUCAAAGACUAAUUGGGACAAGAAUGUGUUCAAUAUGGUGGUUGAAGUACCUCGUUGGACAAAUGCUAAAAUGGAGAUUGCAACAAAGGAGCCUUUAAAUCCCAUUAAACAAGAUAUAAAGAAAGGAAAACUUCGAUAUGUUUCUAAUAUCUUCCCUCAUAAAGGAUACAUAUGGAACUACGGAGCACUUCCACAGACCUGGGAAGACCCCAAGCACAAAGAUAGAGAUACAAACUACUGUGGUGAUAAUGAUCCAAUUGAUGUCUGCGACAUUGGCUCAAAGGUAUGCGCCAGAGGAGACAUUAUUCGGGUGAAAGCACUUGGUGUUUUGGCUCUUAUAGACGAAGGAGAGAUGGACUGGAAGAUUAUUGCAAUCAAUACUCUUGAUCCAGAGGCAGAAAAGUUCAAUGAUCUUGAAGAUGUGAGAAAAUACAAACCUGGCUAUCUUGAGGCUACUACAGAAUGGCUGAAGUCCUAUAAAGUCCCUGAUGGGAAACCAGAAAACAAGUUUGGAUUUAAUGGAGAAUUUAAAGACCAAGAGUUUGCUGUUGAAAUAAUCAAAAGCACUCAUGAAUUAUGGAAAGCUAUGGUUCAUAAAAAGUCAGACCAAGGUGAUAUAGAGUGUAAAAAUGUAAUGGUGAGUGAGAGCCCUUUUUGUUGCAGUGAAGAUGAAGCUAAAGCAAUUGUACAGUCUGCACCAUCAUUAGGAAAGUCAAAUCCAGUUUCAUCAGAAGUUAACAUAUGGCACUUCCUAAAAAAAUGAUCCAUCUGUAGCCCUAGACAACUUACCGUGAUAUUUGGAAGGAAAAGGAUUUUUUUUUUUAUUUUAAAUCCUAUCUUGUCAUGAAAAUAAUGUUAAUGACAUAAUGUAAAUAAACAAAUUUUUACUUUC